CUCAUGCUGAUGGCUUUCUGCACAAUUAUCUAUUACCAAGGUCGGAUGUCCAUCGGCGGAAUCGACCAGCCCGAAGGAUCUCAGUGAACCGCAUCUAUCCGCGACUAUUCAAUUGAAAGGAUAUUCGCUGAGAGACAUCCCGAGCCAUGCCGUUCCUUAAGCUACAAGACCGAGACCGGCAUCUAUACUGGACCUUGAAUGCGCCUCCAACUACAACUUCAUCAUCUGAUGACAGUAUAACAAACAUCGUCCUCAUUCAUGGCUUGGGUUCCUCAAGCUCUUAUUAUGCUCCGGUUAUUCCGAAGCUUGUAGAUGCAGGAUACACCUGCUUGGCACUGGAUUCCCAUGGUGCUGCAUUAACCCCAUUGACUGGCCAGGGCGGCAGCCUCGAUACUAUUAUCGACGAUAUUGGUGCCGCUGUAUCAGCUCUCAAUAUCUCACCCAGUCGCACCGUAAUAGUCGGUCAUUCCAUGGGAGGAAUUGUUGCUCCUGAAGCCACUCUUCGCUACAAAUUCGCUGGCACUGUUCUUUUGGGCCCUGUUUACCCAAACGAGACUCUCACAAAAGUGCUCCAAGAUAGAAUUGCCAAAGUCCAACAAAAUGGGAUGGAUCCUUUGGUAGAUGUCAUUCCCAUAGUUGGAACGGCAUCCUCAUCUACACCGCUGCAACGCGCCUUCAUUCGUACUCUGCUGCUGGCUCAAACACCAGAAGGCUAUAUCGCAAACUGCAAAGCCAUUGCAUCUGCCUCGAUCCCAGAUUACGCGAGCAUCAGCACCCCUCUCUUGCUCAUCAACGGCGCUGAAGAUUUUGUUUGCCCGAUUGAGCUCUCACAGAAGGUAUUUGACAGUUGGGGCUCGAAAGACAAGAACCUACAAAUUCUCGAUAAAACUGGUCACUGGUACUGCAUCGAAUCACCGGAACAAGUUGGGGACGCUAUUGUUAAAUUCGUGAGUGGCAUCAAAACCGCGUAAUCUCUGUAAGGUACAUCAUAAAGAGUAGUAUAUAUGCAUCCAAAUAUGUUUCAUACGUACAUCAAGAACAGAACUCAGUACCUCGAUCUAAAUUUUCGCUUUUGUCUGGCGGUUGUAUAGUGCUCUCAGGUCCUUUCUCAGGAUUUUGCCUGUAGGACUUCUAGGAAUUGCAUCAAUGAAGAUUACAC